AUGCACCGGGUCCUGGAUCUCUGGAGCCAAUUGGAGCCCGGACACGUGGCAGAGCUGAGGCAGCAGCUUCAGAGUGAGAACCUGGAGAGACUGGGAGUGGGUGACUUCACCUUCCGGUGGCGCAUGGCAGAGUAUUCCAACGAGCUGCUACUGCUGACAGCUGGGGUGGCGGCAUUGGCUCGGCAAAGUGGGGGGGCGGUGGGGGGGCAGGUGCAGCAGGUGCUGAGAGCGCAUGCGAGGAGGAAGGAGAAGAGGGAGAAGGCCGUGGGGAAGGCAGAGGCGGAUGAAGUUAUGAGGUUCCUGCGAGACCAUCUGGGGCCAACGGGCAUUCUGAAGCGCGAGAUGGAGGCACUGGAUGAAGCCAUUGCCAGCACGUCAUCUUACAGCGAUGCAUACUCGUUUGAGGACAAUCAACCCACACAUACUUAUUCUGAUGACUGCUGUCCUUGUCUUGUCUUGUCCCCCUCAACCCCCUCUCCGUUUCCUUGCCUCCCCAUCAGCACGUCAUCUGAGGGCGAUGCAUACUCGUUUGAGGAUACGCGGCCCACACAGUCGUACCCCGAGGAAUACUUCGGGCAGAAGGUGCAGCAGCUGCAGAGGAGCUCCCUAUGGUCGCACAGCCUUGAGAGAAUGGCCAAGACCCUGGCGGUGGCGGUCGGCAUUCUUUGGCAGCAUCUGAGGGAGGUGUAUGGGUGGCCGGACCCCAUAGGGCCAGACGACCUGGAGGGCACAGUGGGGCAGGCGGGGCUGCCCAUGCUGUACGCGCGUGUGCUAGCUGCUGUCAGUCAGUUGGCUGUUACCAUGCCUGGGACCCCUGCUUUCACAGACAAGAGGAAGGACCUCUAUCUCAUGCUCCCCACAUUCAUUCGCCACCAGCUGCACUCCCGCCUGCGUGUGUCCCGGCGGCGCCCCCUGGACGAGGUGCUGCUGGGGGAGCUGCGCCAGCUGGCAGCGCAGAUGUUCUGCUGGCUCAUGCCCUUCAGCCAGGCCACGCUGCAGUGGGUCAAUGACCGUUCCCACAGUGCAAGAGUGGCGGGGCGGCAGAGAGUGCUUCUGGUGCAGGUGGGUGUCAGGGUGGGGGGAAGUGGGGGGGGAUGGGAGCGCACAGUAGGGCAGCUGGCAGCGCAGAUAGUCUGCUGGCUCAUGCGCAUCUCCUAG